ACUUGGCGUGUUACACAAUCGCGUCCCGUUCCAUUCUGUUCUGCUCCAGGCCGCUCUCUUCGUCGCACUUUGUCACCUUUAAAUCCGCAGCAGGGAAAUGAGUGUCGAUCGCGGUUACAGUGACACCCAGAUGGAGAUCGGCUCCCGGGCCAACUCGGACCAUCAUCACAAACAAAAGCAGAAGGACAAAGAGCAUCGGCAUAAAGACCACAAGAGGGACAAGGACCACGAGAAGUUCAAGUACACAAACAGUUUCAGUGACCACGGGGACUUCUUGGAAAAGAAACACAAAGAGAAGAUGAGGUUCAAGGAGGAUGGCUCAGACAAACACAAGCACAAGGAGAAGCGGAAAGAAGACAAGCUCAAGUCCUCUGGUUCGGAUGUAAGGGUGAAGAAAGAGCAGGCGAAUGGCUUUGCCAGCCCUCCACGAAUCAAAAUGGAACACAAUGAUGGCUUCUACCACUCGCCCAAGCAUGAGAAGUCCUUGAAAAGAGAGCAUGAUGAUGAUGAUGAUGACUCUGAGUUCAAACCCAAGAAAAUCAAAGUUGAAAAUGACAAGAAGGCCAAGAAGAGGAAGGGCGAAGGCGAGGAUGUCAAACCCAAGAAGAAGCAGAAGGGAAAGGAUGCUGGGGGUGAUAGGAGAAAGAAGGCAAAGGAGGAGCCAGAGGAUAAGUGGAAAUGGUGGGAGGAGGAACGGUACACUGAUGGCCAGAAAUGGAAGUUUCUUGAACACAAAGGUCCAGUUUUUGCGCCGCCAUAUGAGCCUCUGCCAAGUAAUGUCAACUUCUACUAUGAUGGAAAACUCUUCAAGCUGAGUUUAGAGGCAGAGGAAGUUGCCACUUUCUUUGCCAAAAUGCUGGACCAUGAGUACACCACCAAGGAAAUCUUCCAGAAGAACUUCUUCAAGGACUGGAGGAAGGAAAUGACCUCCGAAGAGAAGGCAGUGAUCACAGACCUGAAGAAGUGUGACUUCACGGAGAUGAGCCAGUACUUCAAGGCACAGUCGGAGGCCAAGAAGCAGAUGUCAAAAGAAGAGAAGCAGAAAAUCAAGGAGGAAAAUGAACGAGUUCUGCAGGAAUAUGGCUUCUGCAUAAUGGACAACCACCGGGAGCGCAUUGCUAACUUCCGCAUCGAGCCACCAGGCCUGUUCCGCGGCCGUGGGGACCACCCCAAGAUGGGCAUGCUGAAGCGCCGGAUCCGGCCAGAGGACGUCAUCAUCAACUGCAGCAAGGACUCAAAGCACCCUAGGCCACCCCCAGGUACCAAGUGGAAGGAAGUCCGGUAUGACAAUAAGGUGACCUGGCUGGCAUCAUGGACAGAAAAUAUCCAGGGCUCCAUCAAGUAUGUCAUGCUGAACUCUAGCUCAAGAAUCAAGGGAGAGAAGGACUGGCAGAAGUAUGAAACCGCGCGGAGGCUGAAGAAGUGUGUGGACCAAAUCCGAAACCAGUACCGGGAGGAUUGGAAAUCUAAGGAGAUGCGGAUCCGCCAGCGCUCAGUGGCGCUGUAUUUCAUCGACAAGCUGGCCCUGAGAGCGGGGAACGAAAAGGAGGAGGGUGAGACUGCGGACACUGUGGGCUGCUGUUCUCUGCGAGUUGAGCACAUCAGGCUGUUCCCAGAGUUGGACGGCCAGGAAUAUGUGGUGGAGUUUGACUUCCCAGGAAAAGACUCCAUCAGAUACUACAACAAAGUUCCUGUAGAAAAGAGGGUCUACAAGAAUCUCCAGCUGUUCAUGGAAAACAAGCAGCCGGAGGAUGACCUGUUUGACCGCCUCAAUACAUCUAUUCUGAACAAACAUCUCCAGGAACUGAUGGAUGGACUGACGGCCAAAGUGUUCCGUACCUACAACGCCUCCAUCACCUUACAGCAGCAACUGAAGGAACUGACUAACCCGGAAGAAAACGUCCCUGCCAAGAUCCUGUCCUACAAUCGUGCAAACCGUGCUGUGGCCAUCCUGUGUAACCACCAGAGGGCGCCACCCAAAACAUUUGAGAAGUCCAUGCAAAACCUGCAGUCCAAGAUUGAUGCAAAGAAGGACCAGCUCUCUGAGGCAAAGAGAGAGCUGAAGAGCGCCAAGGCUGACGCCAAGGUCCGGCGGGACGAGAAAUCCAAAAAAGCCGUGGAGACCAAGAAGAAAGCUGUGCAGAGGAUAGAGGAGCAGCUGAUGAAGCUUGAAGUCCAGGCGACAGACCGAGAGGAGAACAAACAGAUCGCUUUGGGCACCUCCAAACUGAACUACUUGGACCCCCGCAUCUCAGUGGCUUGGUGUAAGAAGUGGGGAGUGCCUAUUGAGAAGAUCUACAACAAGACCCAGCGGGAAAAGUUUGCCUGGGCCAUCGACAUGGCUGAAGAUGACUUUGAGUUUUAAAUCUGGUUUUUGGCUGCAAUUUUUCUUUCUUUUUAAUUUUUAGAACUUGUUUUUAGCGUAUCUCAGACCACCAGGUGAUCAACCAGAAAGGUGAGCUGACGCAAGAGGGCAGCAGCACAAGGAGAUAGAGGAAGGUGGACGUGAUAAACGGAGGCCUGUGGGGGCAGGGGGGUGCGGUGGGCCCGUCUGUCCAUCCGCCCCAGGCCUCGAACCAGAGACGUCUCGCUGUUCCGCUCACGGGCAGGGGACCAAAGGGCGGCACAUUCCCCUUCCAGCAGGACUCCCGCUCUUCUUGCAAGCUUUGAACUCUGCAACCCUGUAGCUCUUUCUCCACCGUCUUUUUAGCAAUGCUUUGAUUUUGUUCACUUAAGCCCGUAUUUUUAAUCCCUCUAUUUAUGAAUUCUAUAUUUUAAUCAUGAAUCCAAGAUGACCUUAAAGAACACGGCACCUGGGGAGCGUGGUUCCGUGAGUCCGAGUGGGAACCAGUUUACCGCACGUACUGUGUCCGAACAGCGAGUGUGUGGCACCAGAGCCUGCGAGCCCACCUUGCGCGUGGCGUGUUGGUCCUGUCUUUCCCUUGGGCACCAAAGCUGCACGGCGACGAUGACAA